CGCCCGGGAGAACGCGCCGGCGGGGCCGCGGAGUGAGCGCCGCCCGCUGUGGGAGGGACUCCAGCCGGGGCCGCGGAGCCGCGUUCCGGGCGCGGCGCGGCCGAGGUCGGCCGGUGUCGCCUCAGGAUGGGCUGGGACGGGCUGGGCGCGCCCGUGGGCGGGCUGCCGAAGGAAGCGCCCGGCCCGCGGGGCCAUGAGCGAGCCUCGCGGCGCGCCCAGCGCUGCGGAGGCGCACAUUCCCCGCGGGGGCAUGGGCAGCCCCUGGAACCGCAGCGACGGCGCGGACGGCGCGCUGCUGCCGUGUGACGAGCGCCGCUGCUCGCCCUUCCCCCUGGGGGCUCUGGUGCCCGUGACCGCCGUUUGCCUGGGCCUGUUCGCCGUCGGGGUGAGCGGCAACGUGGUGACGGUGCUGCUGAUUGGGCGCUACCGGGACAUGCGGACCACCACCAACUUGUACCUGGGCAGCAUGGCCGUGUCCGACCUGCUCAUCCUGCUCGGGCUCCCCCUCGACCUGUACCGUCUCUGGCGCUCGCGGCCCUGGGUGUUCGGGCAGCUGCUCUGCCGCCUGUCGCUGUACGCGGGCGAGGGCGGCACGUACGCCACGCUGCUGCACGUGACGGUCGGCGUCGAGCGCUUCCUCGCCGUCUGCCGCCCGCUGCGUGCCCGCGUGCUCGUCACCCGACGCCGCGCCCGCGCGCGCAUCGCCGGGCUCUGGGCUGUGGCUUUGCUCUCCGCUGGGCCCUUCUUCUUUAUGGUGGGCGUCGAGCAGGACCCCGACGUCAGUGCGGCCCUGGACCCUAACGGCACCGCGCAGCUCGCCCUUCCCCGCCUCGCCUUGCCGCUCGGGGCCUCGCGGCCACCACCGCUGCCCCCGCAGUCGGGACCCGAGGCGGCGCGGUUCAGCCGCAAGUGUCAGCAGAGCCCGGCACAGCUGAGCACGCUGCGCAUCAUGCUGUGGGUCACCACCGCCUACUUCUUCCUGCCCCUCCUGUGCCUCAGCGGGCUCAUCGGGCAGGAGCUGUGGAGUAGCCGGGGGCCGCUGCGAGGCCCGGCCGCCUCGGGGCGGGAGAAGGGCCACCGGCAGACCGUCCGUGUCCUGCUGGUGGUGGUUCUGGCGUUUAUAGUUUGCUGGUUGCCUUUCCACGUUGGCAGGAUCAUUUACAUAAAUACCGAAGAUUCCCAGAUGAUGCACUUCUCUCAGUACUUUAACGUUGUUGCUCUGCAACUUUUGAGUGCGUCCAUCAACCCAAUCCUCUACAACCUCAUUUCAAAGAAGUACAGAGCAGCGGCCUGGAAACUGCUGCUGGGCCAACGGCCCAGACAGAGGCUUCUCAGAAGCGGGGGCAUUGAGGGGGACCCCGGAAGAGGCACAGCCAUCUACACCGGGAACAGCACUAACAGACAGACAGCAGGGAAGCGGGUUGCCUGCUCCCACACUUCUGGGACUUCAGGGAAAACAGUUCUGUAGGGAAAUAAAGCCUGAAGGUGGGGAAGACUGCUACUGUCAGAAAGGGCUGGAGGAGUGGCCCACAUUUUGUGAGUUGGUGGGCACUUUGGCAGCUAGAUGUCUUUUUCUUAAACCAGGUAUGAAAUAUAACUGUGCCCAUGCGUCUAGUUUUCCUUUCCUGUUCCGCCUCAGGAAUGUUCAUUUUAGUCUCAUGAACGCAGAAUGUGCUCUGGGGAGGUUUUGUCAGCCUUCAUUCUCCUAGCCUUUGGAAAUAUGAUUGCUCUUUUUUCAAGUGAAUAAGAGAUACAGAGAGAUAUUGCCAUAAAAUUUGUCACCUCAGAAAGCAGGCAUGUACUUUGUUUUUACGUCUUGGAUGUAAAUGUAAUAGUGCAUAUACAAAGAACCCCAGAUAAUGAGAGUUUUGAUUAGAACUUAUUUAAUACCUAUAUAAGGCAGCAAAAUUUUCUGGAAAUGGAAGGAAUUCUGGACAGAGCCCCAAUGUUCAGGGUCCCACCUCUCUUCUGGGCCAGAGCGAAUCAUAAAGUUUAGGCACAAUACUCUCUAUCGAACUACUGUGCAUAAAUAAGGGUGUUGCAACCCACUUGUCCCAGAGACCAUCCAGGGGGCUUAACCAGUGCCAUUGGCCAUGAGAGCACACCGCGACCCUGAAGGCAGGGAGCUGCAGCAGGACCUGGCUUCCAGACAAAAUGGCUGCUAAUGAUGUUUAUGAUUUCAGUGUAGAGACUUAAUAUGCCUCAUUCACCUCAGUUUGGUGUGAUGUGUUGUCAUCAUGUGUCAGGAGCCGGUCCAAACCGCCAGCCUGAUGACACAGUCCGGGCAGUCAGAUGGAAGGGACUGCACAGCGGCCUUCCCAGAGGAGCAACCCCGAUAUCCCUCCUGCUCAAAAUGCCCCUCCUAAUAAAUUUGCUUAUUUUGGUUUCAAUUCAAGUUGCUCCUUCAGGGAAAAGGCCAUAUCGAAUUUUCCCUGAAAAUUUUAGGUACUGGCCCUAAAGGAAAUUGGAAAAUACCACUACUGCCCCUGUGACUACCCCAGAUGAUGGGAAAGUGAGACCCCAUGAGAACUGAACCGAAGUUUAUUAGAAAAAGAUAUGGGAAAUUUACCUGGGUCGAGGUUCCUUCGCCCGCCCCUAUGUGGCCUCCAAAUAACAUGUCCAGUGAUUAAUGGCAACAGGUGGGUACAGAGAACAAAUGCUAUUCUGUGGUUAGCCAGCCAGACAACAACCUGGCAAAUUAUAAAGCAAAUGAGAACAGGGCAUUACCUAACCCCCAGAUCAGAAAGAUCUCCAUUGUCAGACUUACUGAAAGUGGGUCCAAGGCACAGUCCAUAAAAUUUGUCCCUGCCUGCCAAAAAGUCAUCGUGUUCUUUUAGAGAGAGAGCCUCCUUCUUUCCUACCGGAGAUGAAGAACGGGAGCAUAGCUAUGAAAGAAUGAGGGCCUUACCUAAAAACAAUAGAAUAGUGAACUUUAGAUAGUCAUCUGUAAAGAAACCAAGUCUGGCACCUACCUAACCUUUGUAAGAUUUUCUGGCCACAGUAACUAAGAACAAAGCUUACUUAGAAACAAGUUAAGUGCUAAGACCUGCCAAAUGACUUAAUCUCACUCUCCAAACUCAUGUAACCAUGCUAUGUGUCAAUUAAAUGAUUGAUAUCUGUACUUAACUUUAUGUAAUCAAAGAGUAUAUAAUCAAGCUGCUACUUUUCAUUAAAGGCCAGGCUCAGCUUUGGCUAGUGUCUGUGUCCUCAUUUAUUUUGGUUAGUCACCGAUGCCG